AUGGCUAAAGUUUACAACAGCCAGCUGGACGCAUUUGAUCUCUAUCACAAGAUUCAAGAAAAUUCCGAGAAAUCCUCUACUCUUUUGAGCGGUCCUGUACUACCAGCAGUAGGUCACGCAAUAGCUGGGUCGACUGGAGCAGCAAUAUCGAACGUCACGACCUAUCCGCUUGCCUUGAUCGUCACAAGGCUUCAAGUUCAGGGACAGUCGCCGCGGCAGACUUCAGUACGAGACAGGGAAGGUCACAAGUCUAUUCCACAAAUUGUACAGAAGAUCUACCAAGAUGAAGGUGGGAUCAGGGGUCUCUAUGUGGGAGCCACAUCAGACACCGGCAAGACAAUCGCUGACUCGUUCCUGUUCUUCUUGGCUUACAAUUUCCUACAUCAAACAAGAAUGCGGCCUCAAGGAAAACCGCAUAGAGAGCAUCUUCCGGCCGUGGAGGAGCUGGGUAUUGGAUUCGUCGCAGGAGCAUUUACCAAAAUUCUUACGACCCCAAUCGCGACUAUUGUGACUCGCAAACAGACCAACUUUAUACUACAGAGCUGUAAAGCAGACCAUCCGGAUAAAGAUGACUCUAUUCGCGCAAUCGCUAAGCAGAUCUACCAAGAAAAAGGCUUACAGGGCUUCUGGUCCGGAUACUCCGCAUCGUUGAUCCUCACGCUCAACCCUUCACUAACUUUCUUCCUCUACGAGAACCUCAAGCGUAUCAGCUUGUCACGCGACAAGAGGACAAAUACUCCACCUCAGGCCACAUUCUUACUCGCGGCUUUGAGUAAAGCAAUAGCUUCUGCCAUUACUUAUCCCUUCUCUCUAGCAAAGACGCGAAUGCAGGCACACAGAGGUAGUCAAGAGGAUAGUGAGAUGAAUGUUGGACCUACUAGAGUCCAGUCCCGCAACCAAGGCCAAAGCAACAUAUUCACUAUAGUCCUUCAGAUCGCGAGGAAUGAGGGCGUCAAGUCACUUUAUGAGGGCUUGCAUGGAGAGCUUCUGAAAGGGUUCUUUAGCCAUGGCACCACCAUGAUUGUGAAAGAGGCCGUGCAUAAAGUCAUCAUCCAGCUAUAUUAUGCAGUACUGAAAAUACUCCGGCGAUAUCCGAACUCAGAAGCUCUGGCUCAAAAGGGCAAGGAGCUUGCUGGAGAAGCGGUGACGGAGGUGAGGAAUCAAGUGCGGCUUGCGGCAGACAAGACAAAUGAGGGUGUGAACAUGCUUUCCCAAAAUAUCAACCACCAAGUCUACAAUAGGGAUUGA